AUGGCUUCGCCUAGCGCUACCAAGGACGUCUCUGGACUCACGGCUCGUCUGGCGGGAUUGACUGUUGAGGAACAAGUCGCAGCACUUUGGGCCGACGAUCCACACUCUGGUCCCACAGCGCAGCUGAAUCCUGGAGGCAACAAUCCGUCCGAUCCCUCGGACGUGUCAGGCCGCCUCUCUAGAGACUUCCCUGAUUUUCCCGAGCCAGACUCAGAGGUCGGAACAGCCUUCCUUGCCUCUUACAAGAAGGCUGUGUUAGGGCCCGGAGGUGGAGGUCCUGCCGCAGUGGAUUAUACCAUCCGAGAGCCUCCCUGUGCUAAUGUUAACGUGGCACAAAAGCAAGCCGCGUGUCCCAAAAGAGGGUCCUCUCUCUGCGGCUCAUGCAAACUGGUGCAGUACUGUUCAAAGAUCUGUCAAGCUCAACACUGGAAAAUCCAUAAACAAGACUGUAAAGAUCAGAUUCGAGCGCCUGAUUGGGAACCAAUAUGGUCUUUGGAAAAGCGUACCCCAGCGUUCGUAUCAGACGAGGAUAUACACGGACCUCGGAACCCCCACUCACUUGGACAUGCCUUGUGGGGAAAUGUCCCAGCCGUGGAUAUCCUUAAUCUUAAUCACGACUCAGACAAUCAAGCGGAUACCAAUUUCACGGUUGCAGCGCCAGCCUCCGGUGACUUGCGCCAUAUUAUCCGAACAGUGAACCAACUGCCUUCGGAUUACAACGGAGAACUCACGAUCGUUCUCAACGACAGAGAUCCAUAUGUCGUAGCUCGAAAUCUGCUUCUUCUUAUACUUCUUGCCCUACCAGAUAAGUCUCGAGGUCCCGAUAUGGCCCUUCACUUCUGGUAUUCUGUCUUCGUGCCCAUGGAAUAUAAUUCCCAAAUGACUCUCAUUCUUCUCGACUUCCUCACCGAGAAGUUCAAGCUGGAUGAAACUUCCCAAUUAUCCUCGACAUCCACCAUCACUACUCAUGACUGCUCGGAUGUAAUCACAUUGAUGACCGUACUUGUGCGGUCGACCUACCAGAUUGGCGAUGCCGCCAAUGAGCUGCACCGAGUCCGGUUCGCACCAUCGCGAUUGGACCUCCAUCACCGCCAAUACUGUAAACUAGAACCCUCUCACCGUUUGGCGUUCCUAGAGUUCCGAAGAUUUGGACUUCUUCUUCCAUUUGGCGCGUGUAACGCGCAAUUCAACUACCCCAACCGUUUUUUGUUCGAUUACGAUGGGAAGUUUCUCCUUAGCGAUUUUGCAAGUCCCCUUGAGUCUUGGGACAUCAUGUCCGUAAUGAAGACAGGCAUCGCCCAUGGAUCCCCCCGAGCAGACAUCUUCGGCUGUCUUUACUUCUACGUCUCUGAUCAAUUGCGCGAAUUCGCCAGGCGUUUGGACCGUUUCCGUAUCUCGUUCAAGCUGUUCAACGAAGAUUCCGGAGCGCUAGCCGCUAGCAUUCGUUCGAAUUCGCUUUCGGGACUCGGUCUUCCGUCCUCGACACGGUUCGACCGUAUCGCUGUCUCAAACAUCAUUGACCCUAGCUAUGUGGGACUUCCCCAAGUUCUAUCAGACUGGGGCCCUCUUCUUAGCAAGGAAGACCCUCGUGCCACCCUCUUGGCUUAUUCGCUCAAUUGGCCCAUGCAACAUGCAGGCGCAAAGCCUGGCAGAGAUGAUGAUAUUAAGAAGUGCAUGGAUGUAAUGCAGAGACUAGGAAAGGUCAUACACGGCAAAACUUAUCUCCUGACCGCAGUUUACGACAACUCGCAGGCUUUCGAGGACUAUUUGGAGACAUCUGGACUUCGGCAUGCACUCGACGAGUCCCAGUUACGGCGCAAAAUAAAGCAUGCAAUUGUUCCUCCCCGUCUUUGCGUCCCUAUCGAAGCCAGACGAAAUGCGCUCCCAGAAUUUCCAGACGACGAAAGCUGGUACUUUUGGGUGAGUUAUCAAUCUUAUAACUUCUUCCAACAUGGUUGA